AUGGACUCUGACCCGCCGCUCCCGUCGCCGCCACGGACCAGGCGCAAGAUAAAGGUUGCAGGUCAAUCGACGGGCACUCGCGCUUCAUUCCCAUCUGCCUCAUCCACGUCGGGGUCGCUGGAUAGAUUUCUAGGCAGUAGUGGGACGCCGUCGAGUGACCCGCCGCUCUUCUCGAGCGAUGACUUCCAGUCGUCAGCGUUAGAGAACUAUGAUACCAGCAGGGACAAUGACCUAGAAAACCUGCCAGAGGAGCCAGCGGGUAGGAAACGACGUUACAGAGGGACGUGGUGGGGGCAGAAGCUGGGAAACGAGUUGCAGCCCAAGAAGAACAAGAGGACCAAGAGGACGGGGUUCAAGAGCAAGAGGAAUAUGGACAGUGGUGUCUGGCUGGGGACCACCGAUACCGUCGAUGAUGGGGAUGAGUCUGCUGCCGUGUUUACCUGCGGCUCAGACGAUUCCGUAUUCUGUGAAGAGAUGGGACUGUCUACGGGCCGUGACAGGGCAUCCAGAAGAACUCCCCAGUUCCCAGGAGCAGGAGGGAGUAGUAGUAGAAGCCCGGUAGCAAAGGGCAGUCGGAGUCUCGAGUCUACGGCUCAUGCAAAGGCUAGACAGAUCAUCAACACAUGUCUAGAUGACGGGGAUGACAGGGUUGAUCUCUCAUACCUGGACAUGGGCUCAAUCCCAUCGUAUAUACUCCCUCCUCUGGCACAGUUGACUAAACAGCCAACGGUGCCGGACCACGGGGUUUCGGCCCAAAUAUUCAGUCCCCUAGAGCCGUCUCUUCAGCUGUUCUUGACUCGCAACCUGCUUACCCGUGUUCCGAAGGAGGUGUUUGACCUGGUGAACAUACGUUUCCUCAGCCUCCGCCAGAACAAGCUGACAGAAAUACCCGGUGCAAUUCGCAAACUUACCCUACUUCAAGAGCUGAAUGUAGGUGGGAACAAACUACGAUAUCUGCCAUGGGAGCUUCUCGGGUUAAUGCAGGGUCGUGGAGCGCUGAAAAAUCUUACCCUGCAUCCCAACCGAUUCCUUCGUUUGGAUCAAUCGGAGAUUGCCCAAUGGCAUAUCGACACCGAUGCGGGUGGAAUAGUGGCCAUCGACCCAAAUACGCGCGAAGCCGAAAGUAAUGCCCCCGCACUACCUACUUACAAAGAAGGUGUACUGGAGGAGUGGAAACCGAUUCACGUCGCCACCAGUACAGCAGAGUACUUUGAUAUGGAAGGGCGCGCCAUCGACAGACGACGUAUAUCCCCAACUAAUACCCCGUCUCUUCGUGAUUUGGCGUUGAAAGCAUGCUCUCGCUCUCCUAACUUCUCACGUUUUAUCGAGGAUGAACAAAGCAUGGCCUCAUCGGCCUCAGGGCUCUCCUCGUCAAUACCCUCGGACACCAACACCCGCUACCAAGACCCCAUCGUCCGGCUCCUCAGCUUUGCAAACGAGGUCAGGCAAACGGGUGAAAAACUCUGUUCCGUGUGCAGCAAAUCAUAUGUUAUGGACAAAGUGAGGUGGAUCGAGUGGUGGGACUGUAAGCCAGCUGAGACCCGCGGAGUAGAGCAUGGAAGGAAAGCAGGACAGAGCCUGUAUCCUCUGCCAUUCAUGAGAAGAGGCUGUAGCUGGGCUUGCUCCCCCAGUCUCCCUGCUGUCGGGGAAGAAAUCUAG